AUGGCCUCCCCGCCCGGCGGCGAGCAGCGGGCUCUGCGGGAGCGGGUGGCGGCGCUGGAGGCGGACCUGGGCGCCUGCCGCGGGCAGCUGGAGCGGGCGCAGCGCCGGCUGCGCCGCACCGAGCGCCUCUACCGCGAGGCGCGGGAGGACAGCGAGGCGCUGAGGAGACAGGUUGAAGAGCUGACUAAGGAAAUCCAUAAUACGAAGGAGAAAGAUACGUCUAGCGUAGAAGUACAGACAGAGGACUAUGCUGCGUGGUCACAAGCAGAUUAUUACUACUAUGAAAAUUAUUACAAUCACACUGAUACUCAAGAUUGUGCAUCUGAACUGCCAGUGCAGCACAAUCAUGGGACUGAAGGCACUGAGCAUAAUUCCGCGGAAGAAUCGCAGACAGGUGUUAAUAUUCCUUUAAGGGUGGAUAGCACCAAAGUUGCUGACGGUGGAGAAGAGGAAAAUUUUGUCCAGAAUUCACAGGAAGCAGAAGAUACUUCAGUACCAGAGGGUUCUUUGGCAGAGAGCUUGAGAGCUGCUGCAGAAGCUGCUGUUUCACAAACCGGAUUUAUUUACGAUGAAAAUACAGGAUUGUAUUAUGACCAUAGCACUGGAUUCUACUAUAAUUCGGAAAAUCAACUGUAUUAUGAUCCAGCAACUGGAAUUUAUUACUACUGUGAUGUGGAAAGCGGCCGAUACCAGUUUCAUUCACGAGUGGAUCUGCAGUCUUAUCAGGCCUCUGGUACUCACCACACCAAGGAUAAAAAAGGGAAAAAGAAGAGAAAAGAACCAGAGUGGAUUACUGCAAAUGAGUAUAAGGAUUUGGACACAGAAGAGCAGAAAUCAUCUAACAGUCUGAAUUGCUUUUCCACUACUGAGCAAUUAAGUUCUACUGAAGAAGAAGAGUCUCCAAAUAUAAGAAAGAAGACUAAAAUGGACACAAAACCACGAAACAGCCUGACAGCCAAAGAAUCAAUUUCUACAGACAGUAUAAAUUCACAUUCACGCAAAAGUACACCAGAUACUGCAGCAUAUACAGAUGACAGUAGAACAGCAGACACAGAGAGUGAACCAGAAGAAGGUGAAAUUACAGAUUCUGAAUGCGAAGCCUACAGCAGUGAGGAUGAAGUAACAAGUGAAGAAACUGCUGAUUCAGAAGACUCAGAAAAUGAAGAUGAAGAAAAGAUCUGGCCUCCUUGUAUCAGAGUAAUUGUAAUAAGAUCACCAGUUCUACAGACUGGAUCACUUUAUAUUAUCACAGCUGUGAAACCUGCUACAAUUGGAAGAGAAAAAGAUGUUGGACACACACUUCAGAUUCCUGAAGUUGGAGUCAGUAAGUUCCAUGCAGAAGUAUAUUUUGACCACGAUUUGCAAAAUUAUGUUCUUGUGGAUCAAGGCAGUCAGAAUGGAACAGUUGUUAAUGGAAAUCAGAUUCUCCAGCCUAAAACAAAAUGUGAUCCCUACAUCUUGGAGCAUGGAGAUGAAGUGAAGAUUGGUGAAACUGUGCUUUCUUUUCAUAUACAUCCUGGCAGUGAUACCUGUGAUGGAUGUGAACCAGGACAAGUCAGAGCACAUCUUCGCCUAGACAGGAAAAAGGAAUCUUCUGUUUGCCCAGCACUUAGCAAAGAAGAGAGAGAGUUAGUCAGAAGAAAAGCAUUAAAACAAAUACGGGUAAAAUAUGGUUUACAGAACACAGAGUAUGAAGACAACAAAGCAGUGAAGAAUCCAAAGUACAAAGAUAGAGCAGGAAAACGCAGAGAGACUAUUGGAAGUGAAGGAGCCUUCCAGAGAGAUGAUAGUCCAGCUUCUGUUCAUAUUGAAAUCAGCAACAGCAACAAAGGACAUAAAAUGUUGGAGAAGAUGGGAUGGAAGAAGGGGGAAGGCCUGGGCAAGGAUGGUGGUGGUAUGAAGGAUCCGAUCCACCUUCAGUUACAUAAGACGCAUGCAGGUUUGGGUACCAGUAGACCAGCCUCAAUUGAAGAUGUUCAGAUCAUCCAGAGCAAGAAUAAAAAGAACUGGGAUAAAGCAAGAGAAAGGUUUGCUGAAAACUUCCAAGAACCUAAAUCACAAAGGGACACACCUAAGAUUACGCCUUGGGUUAGAGGGACCGUAGAGUAAAGUAUCUGGUCCCACAGCAGGGUAAUUCCUGUGUGUAAAUAGUUGGGAGAGAAUUUAUUUUUAUUCUUUUUUCUUUUGCUAAAGCAGAAGUUUGGUGACAUGUAAAAUACAGUUGUGGAAAAAAAUAUACAAGAUUAACUCUA